AUGGGAAGAAACUCAAGACUGAGAAACAACUCCGGUGGAUUCACAAAAAAAUUAGAUCAAAGAAAGAAUCGGGAACUUCUCAAGCAACAGAUUCGGAAGAAUCGGAAGAAUCGAAAGAGGAAACCGAUUAUCACACCACCGUUCACAGUCUCAAAGUCAGUACCCAAAGGGAUUCUGAAAUCGUUCAUCUAUGGGUCGAAAGAGAAUCAUCCAGAUCUGUAUAUAUUCUUUGAUAGUAUCAACAUCCCACUGAGAACAUUGAUACAGAAAGAACUGGAAAAUCUCAAAGGUGUGAAAGUCAGUCUGACAUUACAAGUAGAAAUGGAGAAAGGAGACGACAUAACAACCACAGACACACCAUACUUCAGGAGUGGACCAAUGACAGUCACAACAUCUCAUGAGAUUGAUGACGGUAUUCGAACGGCACACACACAAAUUCAUAGAAAUAUCGAUAAGUGGAUACAGAAUGGAUCCAACUGGCACAUCAAUCAUAUCGUCGGAUUUUACGUUGAUGUAGCAGCAUAUCAGCCAAUGAGAGGUAAAUCCUACAUUGAUUUACCGAACGAGGUCAAGAAAAAGAAGGCAAUCAUCAAUGUCAAGAAUAAGGAUGAUAAAUGUCUGAUGUGGGCACUGCUCUCAGCUCUGUAUCCAGCAAAGAAGCAUAGUGACAGGGUAACUCAGUAUACAGACUAUAUCAACAAACUUGAUCUGUUCGGAAUCGAUUUUCCAACACCACUGAGUCAAAUUUCCAAAGUCGAGAAGCAAAACAGCCUAGCUAUCAAUGUCUUUGGGUAUGAAGAUAACGUGAUCUAUCCACUACUGCUGACAAAGAAAAGAAGUGAGAAAGUGAUCAAUCUUCUACUAUACCAAAAAGAAGAUCAGAAUCACUACUUUUGGAUCAAAGAUUUCAGCAGAUUGUGCUACGAUCAGUCAAAGCAUAAAGCCAGGAAAUUCUUCUGUACAAGAUGUCUCCAACCACACAACACAGAGAAAUCCCUGAGCAAUCAUCAGGAGUAUGGUGAUAAUGUCACUGGAUUAUCAGCACACAUGGUACUACCAGAACCGGACGACGAUGGAAAUCAACCAACACUGAAGUUCAUUAAUCAUCACAAAAUGCUACAAUGUCCCUAUGUAAUCUAUGCUGACACUGAGGCACUGAUCAAGAAAAUUGAUGGAGUGAAAAGCCAACAAACCAGCCGAGAUUCACAACAUGUUCCUUAUGGUUUUGGUUAUGUCGUGGUGCGUUCUGACGGAGUGAUGACAAGUCAGUGUUUCUACCGGGGUGCUGAUGCUAUGGAUGUAUUCUUUGAUAAACUCAAAGCUGAGGAGAAGAAAAUCCAAUCAGCACUCAAUAAUCCAGCACCGAUGGAUCUCACUAAGGAACAAGAAGAAUUGUUCAGAGAGACAGAAGACUGUUGGAUUUGUAAAAAGAAACUUGGUGAUGACAGAGUCCGUGAUCACGACCACAUCACUGGUGAUUUCCGCGGUGCCGCACACAAUGACUGUAACAUCAAACUCAGAAUUUAUCCAUGCAAGGAGCACAUCCCUGUGGUUUUUCACAACCUGAAAGGCUAUGACAGUCAUCAUCUCAUCGGAGCAAUCGGCAAGACAGAUGUUGAGACCGUCACAUACACGGAUAAGGAUGGAGUGUGUAAGAGUAAAACUGUGGGUGAGAUAUCAGUCAUUCCCAACAACAUGGAGAAAUUCAUCUCAUUCACAUGGAGACAGUUCCGGUUCAUCGACAGCUGCCAGUUUCUCAAUGCGUCACUCGAUAGACUUGUGAAAACGACACCAGAUGAGUCAUUCACUCACACCAAGACCUUGUCAAACCAUCAGCUGUUGAUGAGGAAAGGGGUAUACCCCUAUGAGUACAUGAACAGCUUCUCCAGGUUCCAUGAGACUCAGCUACCAGCACAGAGUAAAUUCUAUUCUUCACUGUCUGAUGAGGGGGUGAGUGAUGAUGACUACAAACAUGCUGAGACAAUGUGGAUGAAAUUCGACUGUCAGACUCUUGGUGAUUAUCACGACUUGUAUCUCAAGACCGAAAUGUAUCUCUUGGCUGACAUCUUUGAGAAUUUCAGAGUAGAAGCUGUCAGAACGUAUCAGCUGGAUCCAGCAAAUUACUACACUCUGCCUGGAUUUGCCUGGGAUGCUCUGUUGAUGUACUCAGUGUCUGAUUUUCGGUGGGAGAAACCAUCAGAGAAACUCCUGAACAAGAUACUGAACACUCAAGAUGAUUCCUCAUCGGGGUAUAUCGUCGAGUGUGAUCUGGAUUAUCCACACGAACUUCAUGAGGAGCACAACGAUUAUCCCGUUGCUCCGGAACGUCUUUCCGUUAAUGAGGACAUGCUAUCUCCAUACCAGCAGGAGCUUGUUGAUAAACUCAAUUUUUCAGGAGUAGAUGCUCUCAAACUUGUACCAAACUUGAGGGACAAGACAAAGUACGUUCUCCAUUACCGAAACUUGAAACUCUACACUCAGCUCAGACUACGUUGUGCCAAAAUUCAUCGUGCUCUGAAAUUUACUCAGACACCGUGGAUGAGAAACUACAUCGAGAAGAAUACAGACCUCCGGAAGAAGGCAAAGGACGAUUUCUCUAAGGAUUUCUAUAAACUGAUGAACAAAUCAAACAGCUUGUUGCCAAACCAACGUACAACCGCCAUGUGA